UUAUUGAUGUCCUAUAAAUAGACAUGUGUCAGGCGGAUACACGUUCUAGGUUGGGUAUCUAUCAUAGGCAAACCAGAGUGGCCAGAGUAACACUAUGGAGUCCAACUGGCAGGACGACCUUUCAUUACUGGAGAGUAUGGACUAUAUGUUGACUAAUGAAGUGGACUGUGAUAUCUCAUUUAAGCUUGGGAAGGCGGGGUCAGAUGUAGUCCCCGCCCACAAGUUUGUCCUGGCCAGUAGGAGUUCAGUAUUUAGGGCUAUGUUGUACGGCCCCCUGGCGGAGAAAAGCUGUACAGUGGAUAUUCCCGACGUAGAAAGCGGCAUCUUCAAAUGUUUUCUCCGAUAUGUGUACACAGACAACUGCGCGAUAACCUCGGACAACGUGACCGCUCUGAUGUAUACAGCCCAUAAAUAUAAUGUCAGGCGUUUGGUCAAGGAAUGUGGUCAAUUCAUGAUGGACAACAUGUCGACAGCCAACGUGUGUACCAUAAUGGAGAACGCCAAUUUAUUUGACAAUAGAGAAUUACGUCAGAAAUGUUUGGAGUUCAUACAAAAUCAGUGCACCGAGAUCGUGGAAUCCAAACUUCUCACAAGUUUAGGCCCAGAUUGUCUAGGUGAAGUUCUCAGAUCUGAAGAACUUGAUGCCAAAGAGGAGGACAUCUUUGCUGCUGUUGUGUCGUGGGCUGAUUGCCGAUGUACUGAGAAGUGUCUAGAAGUGAACGGCUCCAACAGACGACAGGUUCUGGGGGAUCUCCUCUACUUAGUCAGGUUUCCGCUGACGAGUCAGAAGACGUUUGCUUCCAUCUCCGAAGCUAAUGAAAACCUGCUCUCUCUAGAGGAACAAGUUGUUGUGUUUCGUGGCUACGCAACCGGUAACUUCUCUAACUCGCCAUUUUCAUCGAAAAUGAGAAGUGCACAAGUGCAGACAAAAGAGUACACAUGUUUUAGGUUUCAGGGUAAUGACAUCAAAGAUAGCGGCACAAUGUGGUCAAAUAAUUCUAAAGAUGCUAUUAUGUUUAAGGUCUCUGAGCCCGUGUACAUAGUUGGACUUAUUCUCUUUGGUUGUAAAGAAGGAAGCACAACGUACAACGUCCACGUGGAAAUCACGGAACUCGGUCAAAAGGUUCAUACAACUGUGGCAUCGACGUCAACUGAGAAAACUUUUCAGGUGAAUUUUACUGAACCUGUUGCUGUAAAUCGCGAUACGAAUUAUACAUUGACAGUUUUUCUCAAUAGGGGUCCUUGUACUUAUUAUGGUGAAAAUGGAAUAUCGAAUGUAGAUAGUGGAAGUAUUAAAUUUACAUUUUCGUCGUCAUAUCUAUCAACAAAUAGUACAGGUGUUUCCAGGGACAGAUAUAUGGAAUCACAUUUUCAAAACGUUGAUACAUUGCAGGUUUAAGUUGUAUUGUACUCGCACCUCUCCACUGUAGUUUUACCUGUAUAAUCCAGAUACCUCUCCUUACAAGAACUAUAAGCUUACCUGUAUAAUCCAGAUACCUGUACAUACUGUGACUGUAGUUUCAACUGUGUAAUCCAGAAACCUGUACAUACGGAUACCGGGACUAUAUAUUAAACUGUAUAAACCACGCAUAUUUGCAUACAAGGACUGAACCUGUUGCUGUAAUUCGCGAUACGAAUUAUACAUUGACAGUUUAUCUCAAUAUGGGCGUAUUAUGGUCAAAAUGGAAACUCGAAUG